UACCCGCCAUUGUUUACGUACGCAUGCGCCGUGUGGAUACGAAACCCCCUUCCGAGAAGCCCGGGGGAAAGGGCGGACCGCACGGGAGUCAGCUGUUUUUGUUGGGGUGGGGACACGUCAUGUCAAGUUGACUCAGUACUGGGGAGGGGCUACCUGUCAGAUUUGUAGGGCAGGGGGUCACGGCUAAAUGGAGGUGUGUUCUUUCUCAGUAAAGGUUGUGCUAAAGGAGGUCAUUGACAUGCAGUAAGAGAACACAUCGAAGUUCGCCCCCCUCCCUCCUCCCACUGACUUCUACCGGACUCUUCUAUUUCAAUCAUUUCACAGAGAUCACCUUCAGAUUUCUGGUGACGUCUACUUACAAAUCAAACCAGUCAAUUUGUGGAUGGAGCAGCUGUAUCAUUGAGUCAAGAGUCACAACUGGACGUGGAAGGAGAAAAACCGCUAAAGCGGGAUCAGUACGCCUACUUCCCCCAGGCGGAACCGCGGUAAGAGGCGGGUCUGAUGCUAUCAGACUAGGAACGGCGGAUGCAUCUGGCUCACGUAGGAUGGACAUGAUAUGUUUAGACUUGCUAGCUGCUCUGAUUUGUAUCAGGCUUUGUGGUACAAGUCCACCCACUAAGGCCAGUCUAUCAGAACUAUCUGUAAUACAGGUCAGAAUUAGAAGAACACGUGUAAUAAUAGAUUCAACAUUUAUGGACAUCAGAUGUUCAUUGAAAAAUUGAUCUUAUUUUACAAUACUUCCUCCGAAAUUAAUAUUAACCAGGGCCAACAUCUUUAUUGCCUGCUUGCGGUCUAUCAUAUAAUUGGAUGCAGUCUUCCCUUGUCUAUUAGUCUUCAGCUCUGAAAAUCAUUCAUAUUUUUGACCCCGCAUCUACUAUACGUCCGUCAUCACUAUAUGCUAUACAUAACAGCUAUAUUAAGUAAUAUCAUUUACGUACUGCAACUGUUGUGAUUACUUUAUUUCGUAGACUAAUCAUGACUAAGCUAGACCUCAACAUGGUAAGUAAUGCAAAGUACAUGGUACCGCACAGGAAACCAGGGGGGAUUCCUGAAACUUUCCCCCGGCUGCUGCGGGCGAGGAUGUGACGUUUACAUGAGCCGUGCCGUGUCUCCGGGGACUUCAGGUCGGGACGAACGUUAAGUCUGACACAACAGCCCGACUGAGCCGUGACGACACACCUCUCACAACUUCUCAGAACAUUCGUAAGGUGACACGGACAAGAUGACCCUUAGUUCCUGUCCUUUGUUCUCUUCGUGGUAAAAGACAUCUAUCCCUCAGGUAGAGUGACAUGGACCUAAAUGUCAUCCACCUGUUCAGUUUUUGCUGACAUGUUCCAUUUCUAGUUCCAAAUGUCCAAGGAUGCGUAGCUAAGAAUAUCGGUAUGCCAUAGUAUGUUACCAAGCGCGGCAGUGGAACGUUUGUGCCAUGGUCACGGUUCAUGGCAGGGGCGUGUCCUAUUGACGUAACAGCCAACCACCAGUCCACUGAGUGGCCCUGUGUGACACACACCACACUAACGAAGGAAGCACGCGCGGGUUACGCGAAACCGACCCUAGGCAGGAAGGAAGCAUACCCAUACACUACUAGCGGCCUGUACACAACACAACCCCAUCGGACCCUUCUACAACACUGUGUAUUUGUGCGAGACGAAAACCUAUAGUUCCUGUGGGAUAGACUGGGAAAAACACUUCGACCCCGGCGACUCAAACACUGAAGCAUGUACCAGACGACAAGCCAGACUGUGCCCGACACGUCGUCGUUUGUGAAGGAGGCUCUACAGGUGGUCGGGGACUCGGACCAGUCUCUGUUUGAGGGAGCGUUUCAGGACUGUAGUAAGGGCGGGCUGUCGGUGCCGUCCUCCUCGUGCGCCGUGGACAGCAUGGCCGGGAAGAUGUCCCUACAGGAGCCGUGGAUGUCCCCUGACAGGCGCGCCCAGGACUGCAGCCGCAGCUCGGUGGAUUCCCCGCUGGACUGCAGCAUGCCGCGGGGCAGCGAGCGGACCUGUGCGGGCGGGCCGGCGGGCCGUGUGCCCACCUCCCGGGGAGAGGUCAGCCAUCCGGCCGGUGCGUCGCCUUCGGGGUAUUCCGGCUUCGGCCAGGACAGGGGAACCCCACCUCCCAACAUGACUAUCAAGGAGAAGCGUGUCAUUGUUCCUGCAGACCCGAUGAUGUGGAGCCCCGAACACGUGCGUCAGUGGCUCCACUGGGCCAUCAAGGAGUACAACCUGCAGGGCGUGGAGCCGGCACGGUUCGACAUGGACGGGAAGGAGCUGUGCAGGCUGCAGAGGGACGACUUCGUCAGGCUCACCAACGUGCAUAACGGAGACGUGCUCUUCGCACACCUGCUCUUCCUCAGGCAGACACCUCUUCCCAACCUGACGUCCGACGAUGUUGACAAGGCCCUGGCCGCUUCACCACGCUUCCAGCAGACCGGCUCCUGUGUGUUCUCGUACCCACCCACUUCGCAAGCCGUCCACGGCACGUCCCGACUACAGAGGCCAGAUCCUUCGUACGAGUGUUUGAUGCGGGAGAGACAGGGUGGAGUGACCAGCUGGAGCGCACUGCCGUCCUCCGCCUCAGACAAAGGGUACAACAGUUCGUCACUUCACUCCAUGAACAAGCCUGCUGUGGACACCAACGCGCAUGCUCAGAUCAGAAACAUGCAAGACCCGUACCAGUUGUUUGGACCAAUCAGCAGUCGUCUCUGUCAGUCAGGUGAGGAUUUCAUCAGUAGUAGUUUUUUUUAUGUUUGCUACGGAUUAUCACCAAAUAGGCUUAUACAAUAUGUAAAAUGCUGCCACAUACUAGUAUUCACAUAUUGAAUGGCUACUUCAGGAAGUUCAAUCGUCUGUGCUAUUUUGUAUAUUGUCUAUACAUUAUAGAAAGCUAUCAUUUGUAGUCUUAACAAUGUCAUUAAAUUUUUUUCGUUUUACUAUGUCAUAUUUUCCUCAUGUUGAUAAAUAUGCAUAUGAUGUGUCAAUAGCAUUGCCCUAAAUCAUAGAAUACCUCCAGAAAGAUUCAGUAAAACCAAACGAACAAGUUGAAGUGCACUCCUAUCGCGAGAGAAAUUAAGAUAAAAAUCUGGCCACAACCUCGACCCUUUCUGUCUGUAAUGAUGACGUCAUGAGGCCCGUGCCCGAGCCAUCAGGUCGUCAAGGCGACGGGGACAAAUGAUGGUUGUUGUGAGAGGAAAUUCGCGCCAUCUCCCGCUGCCAGGGAGCGCGCUACCGCGGGCGACGGAGGCUGUGUUAGGGGCGCUUGGUUAACAUUCUAAUGAGAGGACGAAAAACCUCGGGGCAGAAAUAAAUUAGUACAUGUAUCCUGUUGUAGUGUUAGCAAUGUUGAUUUUAAGGUUUACGAAUGCAUGUAUGAACUAAAUCUAUGGCCAAAAAUACACCAUUAUAGUGUAAACCACUUUUUGGUGCUAGGUCUUACGAAACUAUACUCCAGUGGUAAGAAAAUGCUGGAAAAGGGUUCUUGAAAACCCUUCAAACCAUCCCCUGGCUGUCGGCUGGAUCACCUGCAGACUGCGUACACUGCAGCGCGCUAACUCGUCUCCAGGAAACAAUCACCGCCCUGUAAUUACACAAACUGCGCCUGAUUGUUCCGAGUAGGACAUUUUAUUAAAUAAUUCAUCCGGUGGCCGUGCCGCAGCCAGGGGAGGCUAUCAUCGCAGCUUGAAGCCGGGAAAGGCGCCAGUACAUUCUAUCCACGUGCAGACGUUUAUUUUGUGUGUUUUUUCUCUUUCUUUUUGUCUGGAAAGGCAUCGGUAAAAAGUUGUGUCGUUUUGUUUUUCAUAGCCGAAUAUUGCUGCUGGGACACGCUAGAACAUAGUUGACCGAAUUCGAAAUUACCACAAGCGUUAAUACAGAAAUUUAAACAAUGACUUUUAUAGGAACUGUUUUUGCUAUAAAGACUGUACGUACAGACAUGUCUAUUUUGUAAUCUCUGUAACCCAGGCUAUCGGGCUUUCAAUAUAGACAAGUAGAGAAGACAACAAAGUCAACAAAGCUUGAAGAUGGCUGGAAAACAAAUAUGAAUCUCGAAUGCCUAUCUUACAUGCAGGGGUCCCUUUUAUCCUCAUUUUCUCCAAGCUUGCUCAUUGAAAGUCGGUGAAAUUGACUUAUGUGAUGUUUUUCGAGCUAAAAUAGAAGCUCGCUCGAACAAAUUAGAUUAUUUAUGGCGUUGCUAGGUAACAGUUAAGUGUUGUCGUGCCAGAGAAAUUUGCUGUGUGAUCACCGUUCGCCUUGACGGGUUCAAUAACAACUACCCGGUCUUAUAAUCACUGCCAAGAUCCGAGCUGUUACCGCUCGUUUGUGUACCAGAUGACCCGAACUAAACUAAACUGAACUAAAAAAAACAUAAUAAAGAAAACAUUCCCCCUUUUUUCAAUGACAGACCCCCGUUAUAAAAUGUAAACCCUCUAGUGGCUUGAGGAUAGGUGAUGUAGCCGAUUGAAGUCGGAAACGUUCCAAUAAGAACCAUCGAUAUCUGGAUACAGAACUUAGAUGGUAAAAAUUAUUAUUACAAAAAUGCACUGCUACAUAAUUUGUGAAUCUAUUCAUUAAAACUAACAAAAUAAAUGUAUGUUUGU